AUGCCAGCUAAUGGCCCAAGCAUAAACCUUUGCAAAGUCGUACAUUCUGCUGUGGCUCUUGGGUAUCCGAUGCCUACACUGCUAAACUGGAACGGAGAGUUCAACCGACCUGAUUGGCACUUUUCCGGCUCUCAUAUUGCAAAGUUAGAGUCCCUCCUUGUUGCUCUUGAUACGCUUUACGAAGAAAACCACGCAGUCGAUGACGAUAUUGCGCUUCUGGUUGAUGCCUAUGACGUAUGGUUUCAGCUCCCUCCUUCAGCUCUUCUUGACAGAUUCCACAAAGUGAAUCUUGAGGCAGACAAAAGAGUACACAAGUCAUGGACAGAUUCCGGUUAUGAUCCUCAGUUUCCUAUCGCCCCACCAAAACAAAACAUCAUCAUCACCACAGCCAAAGAUUGCCAACCAGGCCCAGAAUCUGGUUCUCAUCCUAACUACAACCACUGGCCUGAUUCGCCACUGCCUUCUGACUUUUACGGACAAGAUACAGAUAAGAUUGACGUUUCUGCGGACUCGGCGAGAAAAUACAGAAGAAUUCGACCGAGAUGUGUGAACAGCGGAAUGAUUAUGGGCAAAGUGGGACCUCUAAGGGCUGCACUUCGAAGGUGCAAAGAGAAGGUUGAGAUCGUCUCAAAGAAGGGGCGCCAAUUGUGGAGCGACCAGGCCUUGAUUGCAGAGGUUAUUGGAGAGCAAGAGAUGUUGCGCGAAUGGAUCCGUUCUAUCUUGCGACCCGUCGAUCAACCUUUUGGCCAUCCGCAGGACCUGUCCAAGGAAGUCCGAAAGGUUGCAGAAGCAGGUCUUGGCGGGCAGCGCUUCGAAUUUGGAAUCGGCUUGGAUUACACCUUCAGCACAAUGCCCCCAACCUGCUCAGCUGAAGAGGAUGGCUCAUUUGUCAGAUGGAGCGAUAGAGAGGCUGUGCAAAAAGCGUCAGAAAAGGCUGGUGUACCAGGCAAUAUCAGAGUGCCUGAUAUGCCGACACAUCUCGGAGGCUCAGAGAGCCCUGUGCCAGGAAGUAGGCUCUCAUGGGCUGACGUUCCUCUUUACACUGACUUCUUCUUUGGCGAUGCCCCGGUUGCAAUCCAUCACAACGCAUACAUCUCGGGGUUGAAAAAGUGGAGGUUGGAAAAUUGGUGGAAUAUGACAUGGUUUUACCCGCAUUUACGCGACCUAGUCAAUAUCCGGCUCCAAAAACAAGAGAGUCCAAGGCCUCUAGCGACGAUUGCUGUCGGGGGUACAGGAGAGAAAGAAAUUGUCUACUUGGCACCACCAGAGGACGUGGGGAGUGGAACGAUCAAAAGUUUCAGGUGGUCAAAUGACGGGACGGACACAGUAGUUGUCACCUGGGAUGGUAUCUGCCAGAAAGGCCAGGCGAAGUGGCACGAAUUGAUCUUCGGUGACAGAAAAGGGGCGGCCUCAGUCUGA